GUUCAUUCUGUGGGAGGCGGUCUGUCCUAUGGCUGCGGUCAACAUCUGGAAGAAYUUACUCACGCUGUUGCUUACCUUGGAGAGUAUACCGCAAGUACAACUGCAAUUUCAAAAUGUCUUUUGUAAAAAUUGACGAAAAGUCCGACUUCUCCUAUCACAAUUUACCUUAUGGCGUGUUCUCGACACCGGAUAAUUCCAGGCACCGGAUUGGGGUUGCUAUUGGAGAUCAGAUUCUGGAUUUGAGCGUUAUAAAGUCACUCUUCAGAGGUCCUGUGCUCUCCAAUCACCAGGAUGUGUUUGACCAGCCGACCCUAAAUGCGUUCAUGGGUCUGGGGUACGAGGCAUGGAGGGAGGCCAGGAGGAGUCUACAGCAGCUGCUGUCUGCACACGAGACCACGCUCAGAGACGACGUCAGCCUCAGGAGCAGAGCGUUUUUCCAUCAGAGUUCAGCCAUGAUGCAUCUGCCUGCUGAGAUAGGUGACUACACUGACUUCUACUCAUCCAGGGACCAUGCCACCAAUGUUGGCAUUAUGUUCCGAGGGAAGGAGAAUGCUCUGAUGCCCAACUGGUUGAGGCUGCCCGUGGGGUAUCAUGGCAGGGCUUCUUCCAUAGUGGUGUCUGGGACCCCCAUACGCAGACCCUCUGGACAGAUGAGACCCGACCAAUCUAAGCCUCCUGUGUUUGGCCAGUCCAAGCAGCUGGACAUUGAGCUGGAGAUGGCAUUCUUUGUGGGUGGAGGUAAUCGUCUUGGUGAGCACAUUCCCAUAGAGAGAGCCCACCAACACAUCUUUGGCAUGGUUCUAAUGAACGACUGGAGUGCCAGGGAUAUCCAGGCGUGGGAGUACGUUCCUCUGGGUCCGUUUCUGGGGAAGAACUUUGGGACAACCAUCUCACCCUGGGUGGUUCCUAUGGAGGCCCUGCUGCCCUUCGCUGAGCCCAACACUGUCCAGGAUCCAAAGCCCCUCCCUUAUCUAUGCCAUGACGAUGCCUUCACCUUCAACAUUAACUUAUUUGUGUCAGUGAAAGGUUACUGUGAGGGGAGUGGGUAUAGGGUGGGUUUCGGACCGUGUGCGGGGACCAUUCUACCAGCCCUGUAACCUUGACAAUCAUCCACCCUCAAUGUCUCUUCCAUCCUGGGGGGAGUAAUGUUGUUACUGAAGUCCUUUAAAAAUGGACAAUCCGGGAUUUUAAAUACAACAAAUCAGUCGGAUGAUGUACGUACCAAUCCAGGAUUGACCCUUUAAAUUUUCAUUUUMAUUGAGGAUUAUUGUUUAUCAUUCUAAAGUAUUGUUGCCAGAAGCAGUGUUAUAUUCCAUAAUGUUGUAACUAUGUGKUUUGGGACCUGACAUCUAAAAACUAUAGAUGUUUAAACCCUCCUGUGACUUUGUGUUUUGUCUUCAUCCUAUUGACUUACUGAGUGACAUCUUUAUGGUGCAAAAUAUUGUAGUUAAAAUCUGUGCAAAAGUACAGUAA